CUAUAGAUUAGCUAGACCAGACAGGACUAUAAGAGCUCCGAUGAACAAGUAACUGGUAUCAGUUCUUAGCUCCGGUCUUCGAGCAAGGACAGCUCCUGUUCUCUGGCGCUCGACUGGACUACCAAUCCGAUAUUCGUCACCCACGACCGAAAUCUAACGAAAAUUCGACAUGAAGACCCUUUUGGUGCUCUUGGCGUACGUGACCCUCGCGUACUGCGGCAAGACCAAGAAGCAGAUUGUCGAUCAGCAACACAUAGUCGACGGCUAUGAGUUCGAAUAUGCGGCGCCGGACGCGACCGCAUUGAGCUUGAUCGAAACUAGUCCUCAUUACGUGGAGGUCGCUGCAAGCGCUCAUCAUUCAGGCCAUGUUAUCCGGCCUGGUUACAGCGUGGGUGGCCCUUUGGCCAGUAUUGCUAAAGGAGCCGCCGAGCAGGCUCACACCCAAUUGAACCAGCAGCCCGCGGCGGCCGGGCAGGCGGCCUACGUAGCCAAGAAUACCCUGGCCCAAGCGGCGGCGCAAUCCGCGGCCACGGCCGCCGCGGCCCUGGCCGGCAAGCAGAUCAUCGUGAUGGGUCUGGAGCAGCAGUCGCGCGACGCGCACGUCGCCGUGGACGGCGAGAAGCAGCAGCUGCAGCAGGCUUCGCGCGCGGCCGCGGCGGCGAAGAACGCGGCGCAGCAGGCGUUGCACCAGGUGCAGGUGAUCACCACGGCGUUGAACGCCGCGCAGGCGACCGCGGAGCACGCCGCCCAGGCAGCGGCCGAGGCCGCGGCCGAGCUGGCAGCGCAGACGACGAUGGUGGGCCAGGCGAAGGCACGCGCCGAGACGAUCGCCGAGCAGCUCGUGGCGGCGCGCCUGGACUUCGAGACCACGCAGUCAGCUGCGCAGAAGGCCGCGCAUGCCGCGCAAGCCGCGCAGGGUAAUGCCGCGGCUGCGGCCGCGCAUGCGGCCCAAACCGCGGCCGUGGCUUCCGCGGCGAACCAUGCUCUGCACAGCGACCAUGCGAUUGCCCUGCACGGAGACCAUGGGAUUGCCCUGCACGGCGACCAUGCGGUCGCUCUGCACAGCGCCGUCGAGCCGACGAUCAGCUUGGCGAACGCUCUACCCGUGGACGGCUACGAGUACAAGGGUUACUAUUGAGAGGCAGGCAAGAGGGAGACGAGGCGUCCGACGAUCGAAGCUCGCCGUUGAAAGUCUGACAUUUUUGUAUAAUCGAGCGCUCCAACGGCGCUCGGUUAUGGGUACGGUCUAGCAACGCUACAAAUGCUUUGUAACGUUUUUACUUCUUUCUCUUUCUUCAUUCGAAUCCGAGAAAUGGGACAAGAAAGAGAAAUGCUGCGCAGCAUUUGUAGCGGUUACUGAACCGCGCCCUGUAUUGAGAGACACACAUCUGGGGAUUCUCUUUCUGGAAGACUGGACACGGCCGUUUUGGAUGUUAAGCGUGUUGAGUAUACGCGAUAUCUUGUGUUUCUUCCCUCCGCAAGUGUACGCACUCGCCACUUAGCGUCGAAGCGGCGCUUAUGAGCCGUCUCUUCUCUUCUUUUUUACUUCCGUGGGAUGCAGCGAUCAUACAUCACUGUCAUCUCACGUGCAGAAACGCACAAUAAAAUGUUGCCAUCUUGAACCUUA